UUUCAAAAAAAUAAAAAAUAAAUCAAUGACAGCCUUGAAAACAACCCGGUUUGUAGUCGCUAAAAAUACAGAUAACGCUAAAUUGUGGAUAAUACAGAACUUCAGUUACUGUAGCUAGCUGUCAUUGCAGUAUGAAGUGAGCACGGUCUUGUUGGAUUGAGAGGAACAUCUUCACCGUGUUAUCCGUGUCCAGUCCUAAGAAAUGGAGACUCUAAUUCCCAUCAUCAAUCGGCUCCAGGAAGUCUUCCUGACAGUGGGGGCAGAGAUCAUCCAGCUGCCUCAGAUAGUGGUGGUUGGCUCGCAGAGCAGCGGCAAGAGUUCUGUGUUGGAGAGCUUGGUUGGAAGGGAUUUUCUGCCUCGGGGAUCAGGCAUAGUCACACGGCGACCCCUAGUGUUGCAGCUGGUGAAUGUGCCUCCAUUGGCAGAGAGGAGACUGCAAGAAAAUGGAAAUGGGGUAAAACAAAAUGCAAACAGCUACCCAGGGAUCAAGGCUGAUGAAUGGGGCACGUUCCUUCAUAGCAAGAACCAGAUUUUCACAGAUUUCUUGGAGAUUCGCAAGGAGAUUGAAGAAGAGACUGAGCGUAGCUCAGGAGGCAACAAGGGAAUCAGCCCUGAGCCCAUCUAUUUGAAGAUUUUCUCUCCUCAUGUCCUCAAUCUCACACUGGUUGAUUUGCCAGGAAUAACCAAGGUUCCGGUUGGAGAUCAGCCAGAGGACAUAGAAGCUCAAGUCCAAGAGAUGAUCCUAUCCUUCAUCUCCAACCCCAACUCCCUUAUCCUCUCAGUGUCUCCUGCCAACUCUGACUUGGCCACCUCUGAUGCCCUCAAACUGGCCCGCGAGGUCGACCCGGAUGGCCGCAGAACACUGCUGGUGAUCAGUAAGCUGGACCUGAUGGACGCAGGGACAGAUGCUCUGGAGGUCUUGCUGGGUCGGGUCAUUCCAGUGCGGCUCGGAAUUGUGGGAGUGGUCAACAGGAGCCAGCAUGACAUCAACACCCAGAAGAGCAUAGAGGACACGGCACGGGACGAGCAGGCCUUCCUCCAGCGCCACUACCCGUCUCUGGCCUCCCGCUGCGGCUCCCGCUACCUGGCUCGCACCCUGAGCCGCCUGCUCAUGCACCACAUCAGGGACUGCUUGCCGGAGCUGAAGAGGCGUGUGACGGUGUUGAGUGCCCAGUACCAGUCCCGGCUCAGCAGCUACGGCCAGCCUGUAGAGGACCACAGCGCCACCCUGCUACAGAUCGUCACCAAGUUCGCCAGCGACUACUGCAACACCAUCGAGGGCACCGCCACGCACAUCCAGACAUCUGAGCUCUGUGGGGGGGCUCGGAUCUGUUACAUAUUCCAUGAGACCUUUGGCCGCACUCUUCAGUCUAUUGACCCCCUGGGGGGCUUGACGGAGCUCGACAUCCUCACUGCAAUCCGCAAUGCUACGGGUCCGCGGCCGGCCCUCUUUGUACCUGAGAUCUCCUUUGAGCUGCUGGUGAAGAGGCAGAUCAAGCGUCUGGAGGAGCCCAGUCUGCGCUGUGUGGAGCUGGUCCACGAGGAGCUGCAGAGAAUCAUCCAGCAUUGCUCCUCCUACAGCACGCAGGAGCUCCUUCGGUUUCCCAAGCUGCACGACUCCAUUGUGGAGGUGGUGACUAGUUUACUCAGGAAGCGCUUGCCCAUUACUAAUGACAUGGUCCACAACUUGGUUCAAAUUGAGCUUGCUUACAUCAACACAAAGCACCCAGACUUUACCGAUGCUGCUCAGGUCUCAGCAUCUGUCAACAGUCAACAGGGCCUGCAGGAUGGAGAUAAAUGCUGGAUGAAUGAGAAGAUGGCUGAGGAGAAGGCACCAGUGGCAGGUUUCAGCAGCCCUGUUAAGGGCCAGGCCAUCAACCUCCUGGACACAGCAGUGCCGGUGUCCCGAAAGCUGAGUUCCCGGGAGCAAAGAGACUGUGAGGUCAUUCAACGCCUCAUCAAAUGCUACUUCCUCAUCGUCCGCAAGAGCAUUCAGGACAGUGUGCCCAAGACGGUGAUGCACUUCCUGGUGAACUUUGUGAAGGAGCGUCUGCAGAGUGAGCUGGUGGGCCAGCUGUACAAACAGAACCUGCUGCAGGGGCUGCUCAUCGAGUCCCAAGACACAGCACAACAGAGGACAGAGGUGGCCCAGAUGCUGGAGGCACUCCAAAAAGCCAGCAACAUCAUCUCAGAGAUCCGGGAGACACACCUGUGGUAGCCCAAUGCAACUGACCGUUCCUGUGUGUGUGUGUGUGUGUGUGUGUUAUGGUAAUGUAUGGCAAUACCACUGAGCUCAUACUGUCCAUUAAACAUCCAGCCGUCCUUUUUGUUUGUCCAGGAUUUGGUCUAUUGUGUCUCACUGAAUAUAGUGAUGAGACCAACACACUCAGGCAGAGCUGGUCCAUUGUGUUGAGAUGUCUUUAAUGUGAAAGAGAACCAUGAUCAAAAACAAUUUUGUUUUUUUUGCAAACAAUCGUCUGUCUAAAUGUCUGUCUUGCCUUUUGGUUGUCAAUGUGUUGUAUAUCAUGUGGAGUAUUACAUUGUUUUCCUGAGUCUUUCUUGCAUCUGAUCAUGACACAGGUUGUGCUGCUGCAUUUGUUUCCAUUGAUUAGGUAUCUGUUACCUGCUUCCAUUGAUUAGGUAUUAGGUAUCUGCUAUCUUUUGUGAAAGGGUGAUCUCAAACCAUGACUGCUUGAUACGCAUGUAACAGUUUCUGAACGUAUGUAGAGUAAGUAUAAUCAGUCAGUAUCAGGUUUCCCCUUGUUUUAAGCAACGUUAUGUAAAGUUGAACAGAGGGUGACAACCCAACCUGAGGUUGAACAGUGGGCGUUGUCUGCAAUGUAAUGUUGAAAUAUGAUCCUGGUCUUCAGGGAUGCUGCAGAGGUUUGGUUUGACCUGGUCUACAGUGAUGCUGCAGAGGUUUGGUUUGACCUGGUCUUCAGGGAUGCUGCAGAGGUUUGGUUUGACCUGGUCUACAGUGAUGCUGCAGAGGUUUGGUUUGACCUGGUCUACAGUGAUGCUGCAGAGGUUUGGUUUGACCUGGUCUACAGGGAUGCUGCAGAGGUUUGGUUUGACCUGGUCUACAGUGAUGCUGCAGAGGUUUGGUUUGACCUGGUCUACAGGGAUGCUGCAGAGGUUUGGUUUGACCUGGUCUACAGUGCGGCUGGGUAUAGUAGUUGUACCCUAGAGCAGACGUAUGUUCUUUACGUGUGUCGCAUUUGUAUCGUUCCAGGUGUACGGUUGCACUGUUUGUGCAUAUUUAAUCCUAUAACAAAGUUGUACGUUCACAACAGAGUACAGUGUUCCUUUUCUCCGUAUGAAGUUUCUAGUCAGACUCUUAUUUCGCAUGUUGUUGGAUAACUGAAACCACAUUUAUGAAUAGCACCCACAAAGAGUUGAAUAGGUGUGUGUGUAUAUAUAUAGAUAUUGUAUAGCUAGCUUGUCAGGAGAUGCAGAAUAGUUGGUUGAGUCCAGCAAUUUGAGGGCCAGGGGUAUAGCGAUUCAUUGUAGAAAGGUACUUAGCCAACGGAAAGUUAAAAUAAUUUUCAAAAUCUCAGAAUGCAUUGAAAUAUUGUACCCCAGUUACACCUCCCCCCCUUAAAUGAACCCAUGUAUGCAGUGUGCCUCAGAGAGAGGGGGCUGUUGCUGGGGUGACACCUCUUCUGAAGACUAUCCCUAGGCCUGUUUCUACCCAGAUGACAGGGAUGUUGGAGGUGUAAGAGACCAACAUUGUUUCUGAUUUGAACUUGUGCAUGCAGCUGUAAUUAUAUUCUCAUUUUGUUGAUGUAGUUCCCCAAGGGAAGUAUGCCCUGCAGCCUUUUAUUUGUGAUUCAGUACCAAUUGCGUGCCGUUAGUGUAUCUUCCAUUUAGAAUUAGAUUCUAAAGUUUCUCAAAUAAUUUAUAGCGUAAGUGUGCAUCGGUUUUUGUAUGUCAUGGAAAUGUUCCCAAAGGAUGAUGAGCAUUAUUCAGAAAGACUAGCCUUAAAGGAACAGGUACCAAGCACCAUCUAGCAGAAACACUGACUUCUAUGUGAUCAAGGAGAGCACGGUGUCUAGUCUGUCUUUCUGAAAGGACUGUGUGUGUGUACGUAUGUGUGAAUGUCUUUUAAGUUUUUCUAUCUGAAUGAGACUGUGUUUUCUAUUUAAAUGUAUAUCUUACAUCUUUACAUACUGCCUGGAAGUGCUUGACUGCCAAUAUUUGUGAUACAUGUAAGUUGAUAGAAUAAAAUCUGUUCAGAUGGGACUCAUUAAACUCUUAACAACAACA